AUGCCAUUCAGACCCAAAGAAGAGUUCCAUUUGAUGCUUCGAAGGAUCAAGCGCACCAACUAUGACGACCAGGAUUUCUAUGCGCAGCGAGACAUCGUAGAUUGGAUGGAAGCAGUCGAAAAUGACAACAACGCAUCGAACGCGGCUCUGCUUCUUACCAGCGUCUACGGCUUUGACUCGUUUGUGCCUGUACGAGAAGAAGAUUUGGAGGGAGCGCUGGUUGUUUUUGCCUUUCUCAUCCACAUGAAUUGCGGGGAUCUCAUAUACAUCUUCAUGUCAUACUUUCAAGACGACAGGCUUGAUCGAGACGUCCCCAGUGGGAUUCGCGACGCCAUCCGGUGCUGUCAUCUGCGGCUUGAAUCGCAGAUACAACAGCUUAUAGAUCGGUUCGACGACGAGCGCUGGGCAUUCGUGCUAGUUAGGGUUGAGGAUAUCUGCCGAAAAGCAAAAGUGCUGGAAACGGGUUUUUACAUCCUCCCAUUCUGCAGGAAGGAAGUCAGUGAUCUCGUCUCGGGAGAGAUCAGUGAGAAGUUUGAGGGGUCAGAGACGGAAGAUAACGAGUUUGGUCAGACUCUUCCAGUGCUAUCGUUUUCAUAUCAAAGCAACUAUCGAGUGUUCAAGGAUGAAAUCAGCCACUUUGAGGGCAUCGGAAUGCUCAAAGGAGCGAUUAAAUGCCAUGGAAGCUUCCUGUACAAAGGCUCCGGUGAUGGAGAUUACGGGGAAUGCCACAUCCUUUCUGAGGGUGUCGAACAAAGUCUUCAUGAUCUCCUUGCCUCGGCAGCAGCACCAAGUACAAAUCUCGAAAUCGUCAACUCUUGGACUAGGAUUUUCGGUGUGGCCGAGACUUUAUCUGACCUGGAGAAAAUGGAGUACAAAUUUCCAAAUGGAAAAGUCGUGCUGUCAAAAGGAUGGCAUGAUUAUACCGACCCCAACAGCAUCUUCUGGGUUGAGGACAGAUUCAAGCUUGCAGACUUUAACCAAUCCAAGUUUGAAGUAGAAAGGUCUUUGCAUCGGCUCAACGUGGAGAAGACUCACAGGGCCUUUUUAUCCGGUUCCCCAGAAUGCACACCCGGGCGGCGGAUAACGCAGUUUACCAUGAAAGCAUUGCACAGGAUGACCAUUUGGUCCCUGGGAUGCGUUUUGUCCAGUUUUGCGACGUGGAUUGUUUUCGGGCCAGACGGCUAUGAUAAAUAUCAGAGACUUCGUUCCCGUGCCAUCCGCGCUAUGCCAACAGCCCAGACCGACGAAGGUGUCUCACUUCAUAAAUGUGGCUUUCACGAUGGCUUUGCGCUGUUGCAGUCAGUCAAAGACUGGCACCAGUUUUUGCGUCUCUCACUUAGGCUGUCAGACACCAUCACUGGCAAGGUGUUGGAUCUUAUUGAAACAAAGCUGUUGGUGAACCACCCCAAAGAGCGAAUUUCAUCAAGAGAGUUAGUCCGGGUGCUUGAGGAAAUUAUUGUUCAAGCGAAACAUGAUUAUGACACGGCUAUAAAGAAUCGCGAAAUGCUCCCAGACGAAUUCUUCAAGGAUUUGCAGGAUCUGGAUAUUGAAAAAUAUGGAAGCACCCAUGUCAGCGAAAGCCCCGACGCUGACAGCAGUGACGAUGAAGAAGCAGCUCAUGAAGCUCGGCAGUCCCAGUCUUCCCGCAGUGCUUGUUUGGACAGAUCGUCAGUCAGCGGAGCGAAGUCACCUACCGAUGACGAAAAAGACUGA